CUCAUAUUUACUCUCCUUUCCUUUUAGAACAGUAGCAGCAGGAUCUCCCCUUUGGCCUUCUGAUCUUCUUCUUCCUUCACGAGGUUCCCUCUCAAACUUCUAGCUGUUGUGAUCGCUUCAGAUGGAUACUUUUCUCUUCACAUCCGAGUCCGUCAAUGAAGGUCACCCUGACAAGCUCUGCGAUCAAGUCUCUGAUGCCAUUCUUGACGCUUGCUUGGAACAAGACCCUGAAAGCAAAGUCGCCUGUGAGACCUGCACCAAGACAGACAUGGUGAUGGUCUUUGGGGAGAUCACCACUAAGGCCAAAGUUAACUAUGAGAAAAUUGUCAGGGACACUUGCCGGGGAAUCGGCUUCACCUCCGCCGACGUCGGCUUGGACGCCGACAAAUGCAAGGUCCUGGUGAACAUUGAGCAGCAGAGUCCUGACAUUGCCCAAGGCGUGCACGGGCACCUGACCAAGAAGCCGGAAGAGAUCGGAGCAGGAGACCAAGGCCACAUGUUUGGGUAUGCCACAGACGAAACUCCUGAGCUGAUGCCCCUCACCCAUGUGCUAGCAACCAAGCUGGGUGCCAGGCUCACCCAGGUAAGGAAAAAUGGGACCUGCGCAUGGCUCAGGCCUGACGGCAAGACCCAGGUGACUGUUGAGUACAGAAAUGAUGGUGGAGCUAUGAUCCCGCUUAGGGUCCAUACUGUGCUGAUCUCUACCCAACAUGAUGAAACAGUUACUAAUGACAAGAUCGCAGCCGACCUAAUGGAACAUGUCAUAAAGCCGGUGAUCCCUUCAAAGUACCUUGAUGAGAAGACCAUAUUCCACCUGAAUCCGUCCGGCCGGUUUGUUAUCGGCGGGCCGCACGGCGACGCGGGGCUCACCGGCCGGAAGAUCAUUAUUGAUACGUAUGGGGGGUGGGGUGCCCAUGGUGGUGGUGCAUUUUCAGGGAAGGAUCCGACCAAGGUUGACAGAAGUGGUGCUUACAUAGUGAGGCAGGCUGCUAAGAGUGUGGUUGCGUCCGGCCUAGCUCGGCGCUGCCUGGUCCAGGUUUCUUAUGCAAUUGGUGUGCCAGAGCCACUGUCUGUUUUUGUUGAUACGUAUAAAACGGGGAAGGUUCCUGACAAGGAGAUAUUGAAGCUGAUCAAGGAGAGUUUCGAUUUCAGGCCAGGGAUGAUCUCUAUCAAUCUGGACCUCAAGAGAGGGGGCAAUUUCAGGUUUCAGAAGACUGCUGCUUAUGGGCAUUUUGGCAGGGACGACCCAGAUUUCACAUGGGAGACCGUCAAAGUUCUCAAGAAAUCAAAGGCUUGAGAUGGGUAGCUGCUAAGAAAUUUUGCUUUGUUAGUGUUGAUUCUCUUUCUGCUUACUCUGUGCGCUCAUAUGCUGUUCUGGAACUCAUAUGCAUAUGCAUGCCAUUGGAUUGUUGUCUUCAAUUCUUUUUUUGUUUUUCUGGUUAUUUUUUCCCUGAUACUUGAUUAUUUGUCUUGCUGCGUAGCAGCAGCGGAUGCUUAUGAAGAAUGCAGCCGAUAUAGACAUUUGCUUGGAUUUUUUGUUUUAAUGUAAGGCUAUUUCUUUUGCCCUUCAGCAUGUCCUUAAUAAUACGUGGUUUCAUUUGUUACUUGA